AUGGAGCAUAAUAAUCUAAUAGUAGAAAGUAACAUUACUGCAUUAGCUGAGGAAACUAUUGAAUUCUACUAUUGCAAAUGUAUCAAUUUUUAUUUUUUAGCUGAAGCAUCGCAUGCUCAACAGCGUAUUUUUCUGGAUCAGUUAGUACGAUUUUCAGAUGAUACAGCUUUAUACAACGUUCCAUUGAUUUACCGUGUUCAAUCUGAUAAUAAUAUUGGCGGAAUUUCUUUCGAUCGUUUACGUCGAGCCAUAAACUCUGUGAUUGUUAAACAUGUCAUACUUCGAACAUCUUUACACUUAGACAAUAUUACUGGUCUUUUAACUCAACGUAUUGAAAAAUUUGACGAUCUCAAAGAACAAUACAAGUUUUGUGUUAGUCGUUUCGAAAACGGCGAACAAAUGACUGCUAUUUUGAACCAUGAAAUAAAAAGUCCAGAAUUGUUUGAUCUUUCACGUGGAAUUGUUUUGCGUUGCCACGUUGUCAUCGCUGCUUGUAACAAAAGCUUUAUCAAUGAGACGGAACGAAAUACUCUACAACUAGGUGAUAUUCUUGUUUUCAAUCUUCACCAUAUUGCUUUUGAUGGUGCAUCACGACGAAUAUUCUUUCGUGACCUCAAAUGUGCUUUUGAAAACGAUGUUCCAUUGCCACUGGAUGAAAAUUCAUUGCAAUACAUCGAUUACUCAGUGCUCGAAGGAAAAUUGGACAUGAUACCAUCGCGUGACUUCUGGCGUUCGCAACUUGUAGGAUUUGACUUCGAACGGCGUCUUUCACUACCCUUUGAUCGAUACCAUUCGUUGACUGAGAAUCGAUCGGGUCUCGCACAUUUAGUUGAGUUUCACUUCGAUGAAGAUUUGUCAAAUGCUUUUCUAGAAUAUGCUUCUGAUCAUGGCGUUACACCAUUUCAAUUAGGUCUCGCCACAUUUUAUGUAUUUUUAUUCAAAUUAAGCAAUAACGAAAGUGAUCUAUGUACAUCUUGUAUUCAUGCCAAUCGCUACAGGGCAGAGCUAGCAGAUUUAAUUGGUAUGUUUGUUGCUACAUUACCACAUCGAAUUCAGCUUGAUCCCAACGUAUCUUUCGAUGAACUUGUCAAGAGAGUUGGAAGUCAGUUUUUUUCAAUUAUUGAGCAUACAUAUUAUCCGCUGCAGCGCAUACUUGCUGAUUCGGAUCACAAGCAAUCUUCUGCAGGUUUUCUCCAGAUAUUAUUUGAUUUUAUAACAUACUCAAAUGAAGUUGAUUUGGUAUCGAUAAGCAACACACAAUUCGAGUCAGUAUCAUUGGAAAGAAUGGAGAACGUUGUCAAAUUUGAUUUAAAAUUGCUAUUUUUCUAUGAUCCAGCAGGUGGCAAAACAAUAUCGUGUUCUUUGAUAUGUUCACGAGACGUCUUUGAUUUGACAACAGUAGAAAAUUUAGCCACGCAAUUUCACCAUAUUCUUUUUCAAUUAUUUGCCGGACGCAAAACAGCAACAUCAUUUAAUGAUCAAGUUCGCGAACCAAUAUCACAAUUAUCUCUGAUUUUACCCGAAAAAUCUCAAGUAUUACAACGAACGACAUUCCACCACCUGUCGAAUAUUGACAAGCAAGGUAUGAAUGUUAUCAGAAUCUUUUGUCAAAUAUAA